UGCCAAGCUGGCUGGUUUGGCCCACGAUGUCAGUUUCCGUGUCACUGUGCUCCAACCUGUGACGUCACUACCGGCCAGUGUCUAGGAGGCUCGAAAUGUCAGCUUGGAUGGUUUGGAGUGGCUUGUCAAUAUCGUACGUAAAGUACAUUUUCGAUAUAUUUAUUUGUAUGUACACAUCUUUAAUCAAAUGUUGUGGUAGAUUUACACCAGUCAGUGGGAACUAUUGUUUUUCUGUGUCUUGUUUGUAUCCAGUUCAAAGAUACGCGCUAUUUUUAACUAAACUAUAUCGAUUAAAAAUUACAGAAGACUUGGUCAGUAUCAACUCCGCUACAAUAACAGCAAACGUUGAUUUGUCCAGCCCAAACUGGAUAACUGAUAGAGAUGACUCAACAUGUAACGAUGACGUCAACCUAGAGUCCGUUGUUGUGACGUGGAACGACACUACCCCAUUCACCUGGUUGAGAUGUGCAGUUAAUUUCAGUUGUAUGUUACCU